AUAUAUUCAACUAAUAUCAAACUCGUCGACUUAUGUCGACGUAGUCGUCGUUCUAAGUACAUCGAAGUUUAGUUGUCCAAUUUUGUUAGUAUUCGAUAUUACUAAUUAUCAAUGUCAAUAUUAUGAUAUUAAUGAUAUUACAAUAGUAAACAGUGCACUCUUUAGAAAACCGCAAGACAUACAAAAAACAAGGAAUAGCCGUAGAUCGAAUGGCAUUAUGGAAAACCCACAUAAAAAAAUGAUGACGUCAUGUACUAAUGUGUCAGAACAGGCACAUCAUGUAUCAAGAACAAAACGUGGUCAAGCUAUAGGUCAUGUAAGAGGUUUUCGUGGAUGUACAGUAUGGUUAACCGGUCUCUCAGGAGCAGGAAAGACUUCGAUAGCUUUUCAAGUGGAAGCAAUACUAGUUGAUCAUGGAAUUGCAGCAUACGGGCUUGAUGGAGAUAAUGUCAGAAGUGGUUUAAAUUGCAAUCUUGGCUUUAGUAAAGAAGACAGAAAAGAAAAUAUAAGGAGAGUUGCAGAAGUUGCAAAGUUAUUUGCAGAUAGUGGACAAAUUUGUUUAUGUAGCUUUGUAUCGCCAUUUGAAGAAGAUAGACAAAUGGCAAGGCAAAUACACAAAGCCUCGGAUCUUCCAUUCUUUGAAGUUUUUGUUGAUACUCCGCUUAAUGUUUGCGAAGCUAGAGAUACAAAGGGACUUUAUAAAAAAGCACGGCAAGGUGCUAUAAAAGGUUUUACUGGUAUAGAUCAGAUGUAUGAAAGACCUAUUAAUCCUGAUUUGGUGGUAACCACAGAGAACUGUACUUUAGAAGAAUCAGCUGCAACGGUGAUCGAUCUUCUGGAAAAACAGUGUAUCAUACCUGUAUUACCAAAACCUACUGCACCUAUAAGAGAACUGUUUGUUCCAGAAUCCAGAAUUGCUUCUGCCAAAGCAGAAGCAGACACUUUGCAAAGUGUAGAAAUUACAAAGAUCGAUAUACAGUGGCUUCAAAUUCUAGCAGAAGGAUGGGCACUCCCACUUACUGGUUUUAUGAGAGAAAACCAAUAUCUACAGACUCAACAUUUGAAAUGUCUACUUGAAGGUGGAAAAGAAGUAAAUCAGUCUAUUCCUAUAGUUCUUGCAAUAAGUACUACAGAUAAACUUCGUUUGGAGGGACAUUCAGCGAUAACACUUAAAUAUAAAAACAAGGCUUUGGCAAUAUUACGAAGACCAGAGUUUUAUUUUCAUAGAAAAGAAGAAAGAUGUGGGUGGCAAUUUGGGACUAACAACUUAGGUCAUCCAUAUGUGAAGAUGAUUUAUGAAUCAGGAGAUUGGUUGGUAGGUGGGGAUAUAGAAGUUCUAGAAAGGAUUAAAUGGCACGAUGGUUUUGAUAUAUAUAGAUUAACGCCAAAUGAAAUUAGAGCAAAAUGUAGAAAAAUGAAAGCUGAUGCAGUAUUCGCAUUUCAACUUAGAAAUCCUAUACAUAAUGGUCAUGCCUUACUUAUGCAGGAUACAAGAAAGCGUUUACUUGAAGAAAGAGGUUUUAAAAAUCCUGUACUAUUAUUACAUCCACUAGGAGGUUGGACGAAAGAAGACGAUGUACCUUUACAUACAAGAAUUAUGCAACAUAAGGCUGUUUUAGAAGAAGGUGUACUUGAUGCAAAUUCUACUUUGCUAGCUAUUUUUCCAAGUCCUAUGAUGUAUGCUGGUCCUGUUGAAGUACAAUGGCAUGCCAAGGCCAGAAUGAAUGCAGGUGCAAAUUUUUACAUUGUGGGUAGAGAUCCAGCUGGUAUGCCACAUCCAAAUAAGAAAGCUACACCCGAUGGUAAUCUCUAUGAUCCCACUCACGGUGCAAGAGUUCUUUCAAUGGCACGAGGAUUACAAAGCUUAGAAAUCAUUCCAUUUAAAGUUGCGGCUUAUGAUAAAAAAAAUAAAAAAAUGUCCUUUUUCGAUCUAGAACGGAAACAAGAUUUUGAUUUUAUAUCAGGAACGAGAAUGCGUGAUUUAGCUAAAGCAGGAAAGUGUCCACCUGAUGGUUUUAUGUCUCCAAAAGCAUGGAACAUCCUUGCACAAUAUUAUCAAAAUGUAAAUAAGAAUUAAUUAGAAUUCACUUAGAAUAAUUUUAUAAUAGUCUAUAAAUUAGACCACUUCAUACAGUGCAAUUAGUCUAUUUACAUCCUCUUAUACCGAUUGACAUAUGCCACACUAUACAAAAGUAAGAGCGAAAUAUGGUUUUAACUACAUGUUUUAACUACAUGUAUAUUUAAAAUUUUUCUCUUGUACAGCAUAAUAUCGGGAAUUUAUCCCUUCAUUAGAUAGGUCGAUGUCUAUUUGCAAUGAAUCUGCAAUGUGUAAGUAAAUUUUAUUUUUUACCUACAAAAAAACUGACGAUAUUUUCUAUAUAUAUAUAUAUAUGUAUGUAUGUAUGUAUAUAUAUAUAUAUAUAUAUAUUUUACAUAUGUAUAUGUAUUAACAAAGAAUACGAAAUGUGUGACAUAUAUGGUAUGUAAUAUUGAAAAUAUUUCGAAUUGAUAAGAUAAUAUAUAUAGCUUUAGUAGCGUAAGGUACAAAUUAGUUACAAAAUACUUAUGAAAGAGAAAACAAACUUUAUAAUGAUUAUGUACAAAUGAGAAUAAUUCAAUGUAUUCAACUAAAUAAUAAACACAUUACGUGCACACGAUAUUUGGCUUUUCGAAGGCUGCUAAAGUAACAGAACAAAGAAUUUAUGAUAGUGAAAAUAUUUUUUAUUACCACGAUAACGUACAGACGAAGUUGGAUAAAAAAUGAAAACAAUAUGACAAAAUAAAGUACGGAAUUUAUAUCAGCA